GGGAGGAGUUUAAUGUAUUUAAAGUUUUUGUACGAUGUGCACCUGUGAACACUUGACAAAGAACCACAAUGCUCGAAACAUGUUGUGUUUAAUAAACCUUGCAGCAAAGAUUCUGCGGUUUUGAGCCUGUUUUGUCCACAACUUUUACAGAAAUUGCAGAUAUUUGGCUUCUAAGUGGGACAGAAUCUGUGGCACAGGCAGAUGGAAAAAGUCAGAAGGCAAAGAAUUCUAAAAAUACAUAAGGAAGAUCAAAUAAAAAGUUGUUUUGAAUUGGCCAUUCUACCAUUACAGCAUCAAACACAACUCACCGCGUGUCAUCAAACAAAAUCGAUUGUCAUGGUCUGGAUGUCAUUGUCUUUGUGGACUUUGCCAAAACGACAACCUCCCCACUGCGGCUUACGCACAAGCUCCAUCUGCGCGGUUAAAGGACAAGGAAAGAUGAUAGGAACGGGACUGUUUCUCUUGAUUCUGAUCACCUAUUGCAUGUGUAAGUGUUUCACUAAAGUUUGCUGUAAGGGCUGCUGUGAGAAGGAUUACACACUACAGGACAAAAUGCUUGAAGAAAUAAAAAACCAAAUCUGGGAAAUGGCAAAGGAAAAAAACAGCAAUUCUGCAAGGAUAUUUUUGGAAAAGUAUAUUGUUCAGGGGAGUGGAGACAUUGACAAUCUCAUCAGUCAGACAGAUGUUCUCACAGAUCAAGAUGUUGAGUCAUUUGUAUCUCAAGCUGAAUCCGGGAUAUAUAAAGCAUUUGUAGAAAAACAAAAACCACCCGACAUCAGGACUGCGUUCAGAGUCUCACAGGGGGGUUCAAGUGAACAACGUGCAGUAGCCACAGAGCCCCCAGAUGCGUCUGGGACAGAUACUGAGUGUGGGGGGCGAACAACAGCCGUUCAUGUCUGAUAAUGAAGCUGAAACCAAUUCUUGAAACCUGGUUUGACCUUGACAGUUUGAUUUUUACCUGGGCCUCUGGUUCAAAAGUGACUGUUUGAGCUUCAGAACUCGUAAACCUCUGCAAAAAUCUGCCAAUCCUCUCCCCCCACAUCAUUGCCCCAACCCCUAAUGUCAUUGAUCUCCCCCCUUUAACGUCAUCACCCAAACUUGUACAUUCAUUUAUCUCUACCAGAUGGGACUGUCACUUUAAUUCCCUGUAUAAGUGAUUGAAUGUUUUACAUCUCAUUUGCAUUUCUCUCAUUCUAUAUAAAGUUUAUUACUG